AUCCUUAGAUCUUUCCAAUUUUAUAAUCGCGGCCAACAUGACGAAAACAUAUCUCAUGAACAGUCUCAUAGAGAAGAUGCAGUCCCCAGACCAGGAUUUCCGGUUUAUGGGACUGAAUGACUUGAUGAACGAAAUCAAACAGGAUCCCAAUACCUUUGUGGGUGAUGAACCCACCGAGAACAAGGUCCUCAAGCAAGUCCUUCAACUCGUGGAAGACAAGAUCUCUGAGGUUAAGAACCAGGCGGUCAAAUGUCUUGGACAGUUGAUCAAGAUCAUUCGCGAAAGCCAGAUGGACCUUGUUAUAGACAGUCUGAUCAACUUCUCAGUUGGGAAAGAUGAUGAGCUCAGGGAUAUCUCGGCAUUAGCGCUAAAGACAAUCACCUCAGAGUUACCUCCCGACGGUAAGAUCGCUUCCAAAGCAUGCGCAAAACUUGCACCGAGAUUACUUGCGCAAGUGUCAAGCCCUGAUACACCGCCCGAAGCUCUGAUAGAGACUUUGUCCAUUCUGUCCAUUCUCAUUGGUCGCUUCCCUGUUCAUGUCUCUGGUCCUUCCCUCGAACCCCAGCCGCUGACUGCUCUCGCUCCGCUAUUGUCGCAUCCUCGUCCAGCUGUCCGCAAACGCGCCAUCCUUACUAUGUCUCAAUUCGUCCCUGUGGCUCAACCAGAGCUGUUCAAUAACCUAUUACAAACACAUGUGAUGCCGUUCCUGCCUGCUUCAGCCAAUAUCGAGAAGCAACGGACUACUAUUCAACUUAUUGCGGCUAUCGUCCGGCAAUCACCACAACAACUUGCUCCUGUCCUGAAUGACAUUGUACCUGGCAUCGUCAAGGCUGUGCAGCGUGAUGAUGAUGAGCUAAGGGAAGGGUGUAUUCAGGCACUGGAAGCACUGCUUUUGAGAACGCCAGCGGAAAUCACGCCAUUCCUCAACUCGAUAGUGCAAAUUGGCAACCAAUUUAUCAAGUAUGAUCCGAAUUACGCCGGUGGUGAUCCAGACGAGGAUGAAGAGAUGGCUGAUGCAGAUGAUGACGAUGACGAUGAUGGAGAACUUGAUGAGUAUUCCGACGAUGAGGACACUUCUUACAAAAUCCGCCGUUGUGCGACAAAACUGCUUGGAGCCCUCAUAGUCACGCGACCCGAAUUACUCAUCUCACUCUACAAGGAGGUUUCCCCCGUGUUGAUUUCAAGGUUCGGUGACCGCGAGGAAACUGUCCGUUUAGAAGUCUGGGCUACUUACAUCGUCCUUCUCAAUCAAACGAGUGUAUACGGUGGCCUUCCACAGGUCAAGGAUAGCGAUGCCAUUCGCGGAAAAAGAAAACGCGAUAGUGAGGAGAGGAUGGAUGUAGAAGAAACACCAUAUACGCUCCUCCGUUCUCAAGUACCUUCUCUAUCCAAAGCACUUCUUAACCAACUCAAAUCUCCCAGGACAGCGCCUGCAACGCUCCAAGCAGGAUUUGAGCUGCUCCGCGUUUUGUUGGGUGUUUUACCGGGAUGUCUCUCAGCUCAAAUGACGCCUAUCACCGCUUCAUCAAAGAGCGUUUUAUCACAGUCGCCAUCAACGUCUACGUCAGCUUUGCACUUGACUUGUCUUUCUUUCCUCGCACUGCUUUUUUCCACCCACUCUCAGCCUACAUUUUCAGCAUUUCUUCCGACACUGACCCCAGUUCUCUUGAAGUCUCUGAGCGAGAGGCACCCACGGGUUGCUUCCGAGUCUUUCCGCGUUUUUUCGUCCUUGCUCAAUGCCAUGAGACCGGUGAAAAACGACGACUGGGUUGACCGCGUCUACGAUGAAGCUUUGCUGAGGUUGAGUAAUCACGAUACGGAUGCAGAAGUUCGAUCUUGUGCAGAAGACUGCAUAGCAGACUUGUGGAUUUGUGCAACGGAUACGGUGAAAGGUAAAGGCAGGAAAGAGUGGCAAGCUAUUUGCCGCACGUCGGGCACUACAAAUGGGGCUGUCAAGGUCGUGAUCAAAGUUGCUAAUGAUGUAGUCAUCGACGACGAAUGGGUCAAUGGUUGUGUGGAAUGGCUGAUGGUAUUAAUGAGAAAGAGUGGAAGGAGCGGGAAAGCAGACGUUUUUGUGGCUCUGGAUGUUCUUCUGAAAAGGUAUAAAUCUGGCGUGCCUUCUGAUCUCCCACCGACGCUUGUACCUCAGAUCAAGGUUUAUGUCUCCACCGCUGACAUACCCCUUCUAUCCCAAGCCAUGUCUAUUCUUGCCCUCAUCUUGGAGCUAUCGCCUUCAGUAACGUUUCCAGAAGUAGAGCGCGAGGUUCUCGGAGACAUCUACAGAAUUGCUCACUCGCCCCUGGUUUCUGGCACUGCUCUGGAUUCGAUUCUUUCUUUCUUCUCUGCUCUAGUUCAAGCUGAUAGACAAAUUGCGACCCAUGUGGUACCCAGCCUCGUGACGUCUGUAGAAAAAGCCCCUAAAGCUGAAACGAACCCUACGAAUGUGGCAAAAUGUAUUGCUCAAGUUGUCAGGAGUCAGCAGGCAGUCGCAGCGGGAACUAUCGCAGAAUACUCGAAACAUAUCAAGCCUACGUCCAAGGCCAAGCCUUCUACUGUCGUUCUAAGUCUGCUGAUCGUUGGGGAGUUGGGUCGGUUCAUUGAUAUGUCCCCUCAGAAAGAUAUAUUCAGUAACACCAUCGAGCAUUUUGCUGCAGAGCAGGAAGAUAUCCGGACAGCAGCUGCAUUUGCCGCAGGCAACAUAGCUUUAGGAAACCUUCAACAAUUUCUUCCAGCAAUCGUUAAAGCUGUUGAAAACGACCCAAAGAAGAGACUAUUAUCACUGCAAGCCCUGAAAGAGGUGGUCACACAUUGUUCACAUGGACAGCUAGAAGGUGUAGCAGACAUGCUAUGGGCUCCGCUGUUCCACAAUUCUGAGGAUGCUGAGGAGAGUACUCGGAAUGUUGCUGCUGCGUGCUUGGGCAAACUGACAACGACUCACCCAUCUCGAUAUUUACCACAACUUCAUGCUCGCAUCCACGAUGAAAACAUUGCGGCUCGUGCAACUGUUGUAUCAGCGAUUCGAUAUACAUUAGCUGAAUCCGCCACUUCUUACGAUGAACUUCUUGCUCCCCUCAUCAUGGAUUUCUUGUCGUUGAUGAUUGACAAGGACUUGACGGUCCGACGGUUGACUUUGUCAUUACUAAACUCAGCAGCACGCACGAAACCUCAUCUUAUCAGAGAACACCUUGCAUCCCUUCUUCCAAGUUUAUACAAGGAGACUAUCAUCAACCCAGACUUGAUUCGCACUGUUCAAAUGGGUCCUUGGACGCACAAAGUCGACGAUGGUCUUGAAGCACGAAAAACUGCUUACGAGACGAUGUACACAUUGCUUGAUACGUGCCUUUCUAAACUUGACUUGCACGAAUUCCUUAGUCGGGUCCUCCCUGGGCUGUCGGACGACUCGGACGAAAUCAAAGUGAUUUGCCACAUGAUGCUCUUCCGUCUUUCUCAAGUUGCUCCCACGUCUGUCUCUCAACGGUUAGAUGACGCGACGCCACAGAUGGAGAAGACGAUGAAGGGUGCGACGGUGACGAAGGACACAGUGAAACAAGAUCUGGAGCGUGCGGCGGAACUUCAACGGAGCACGUUGCGUGCGGUCGCUGCUCUCAGUAAAAUCAGCAAUGCAAGCGUAUCGCCCAAAUUUGAUGCUUUCGUGGAGGACCUGAAGAAGUCGAAUACAUGGGGUAAUGAGUUCAAAGACCUGGUAGGCGCUUAAGUAUGAAAGGGAGGCCAAUGUCGCGAUAAUGGUGCGAAAAGUGUAUUGUAAUGUUCAACUACGUGUACCAUGCAUCCUUUCUCAAGUGAUAAUCACGUUGUAUCCAUGUUUUGCAAAUGACGUGUAUGGUGUAGGUGUACAAGCAACCGAAGACAAGGUAUUCUAGUUCUACCCGAAUAUAUGCCUAACCCCUAUGUAAAUAGUUAAGAUGCAAGCGAAUUAGCGGUCCAUUCUCCGCUACCCCCUUAAACUAACCGAAAAGUCUCUUGCGGAUCUCUGCGCCUGCUCUUCUCCGCUCAUCAGCGGCGCCUCCAUCACCCAGU